GCACUCGCUUGAGGCCUCGCCGAUCUUCCGCAUCCAACGAGUCUCGAGUCCCGAGCCCCCGCGAUCGACAUCGUCAAGCCCAUCGGCGAACCCAUCGAUGGCACCACAGCCGCUGCCUGACGCCACGUCGGAUCACCUUGUGUCGAAGCUCUCUCAGAGUGCCCAGAGCGCCGAGAGCGAGCUUGUGCUUGAGCGCGGGCGGGUGUCUGACGGUGACGCUCGGAUCCUACUCCGGCGCGCGCUGGCCAGCCCUAUCUUGAUCUCGGUCACGCUGCGGGCUGUGCGGCUGCCGCGUGGCGCACUGGCCUCUGUGCCGCUGCCGCAAACACUGACACACCUGGCAAUGGUGGAUAUGACGCCACCGCUGACGGCGGCGUGCCUCCCGCUACUGCCACUCUCGCUUACUAGCCUCGAUCUGUCGGGCAACGCUCUGGGUACGGCGCGUGGCCUGACUGCGCCGCUCGGCCACGUUCCACAACUCACUGUCCUCAAUCUUGCUGACAACAUCCUCUCUGACGAGGCGUGUGUAGCGCUCUCGCUCCCUGACUCGCUGGCGGACCUCACUCUCGAGCACAACCCUCUGACCGGGCUUGGCGUCCGGCGGUUGCUGGAGAGCGUGGCGGGCUCGCUCACUUCACUCAACGUCUCGCGGACGCUGGUGAGCGGAAGCGACGCGGCGGCGAUGGCGGUGGCAUGCCCGCGGCUGAGCGAGUUUGACGUGCGUGGCGUUUUGUUUGACGGCGAUGAAGAGUGUGAGCUGGCUCAAGCGCUGGCGAGUCACAGCUCGCUGACCCGGAUUUGGGCAUCUCUGGAGCCGGCCCCGCCGGACGCAGCUGCGUUUGCGCGGCCGAUGCUCGAGCUGCUAGUGUCUCGCGCGGCGGCACCGUACGAGGUCUGCGAUCUCGGACUCCGCCCGCGGCCAACCGGGCUUCUGGGGAUGUGCAAACAGGCGCCGCGGUCGCUGGCAAUGCUGGCGCUGGUGAAAGGCGGAGUGGCGUCGUGCGAUUUGCCGGAGUUGCUGAGCCUGCUCCCGCCGACACUGCACACGCUGAUCAUCGAGGGCGUAGUUCUCUCGGACGCCGGAGCGCAGAGCCUAGUGGCGUGGAUGGGAUCGAGCACGCAUCUGGGCAAACUGGUACUGCGGCGGACGGAGCUGACAGACGAGUGGCUGGCAGCUAUUUCACGAGUUGUCCCUCACUCGCUCAGGUACAUGGACGUGAGCGGCAACUCGCUGACUGACCGAUCUGUAGAGCUGCUGCGGAUGCUUGCGCUCGGCCUGCCGCAGCUGGAGUGGCUCGAUGCCUCCCGCAACUGGAUGCCCUCGCUGGAGGUUGACGGUCCCGGCUCGGUCCCGUGGUCGAUCGAGGUUGCGCUCAACGGUGCGUUUGAAGUUGGCCGCGAGGGCUGGGUCGUUUUUGAGGCCUCUUCGCUCGGCACGCCGCCAGUCUCACCGCUUGUGGCGGCAGUGGCGUCCGGCGAGCCGGAGCUCGUGCGCCGAGUGCUGGACGCGUUCUAUGUACCGGAUCUUGUCCCGAAGCACCUGGUGACGUCGCUGGAGACUGCGUGGAGCGUGGCUGGUGAGGCAGCCGUGGCCAGCGGCGACGCCGAGAUGAUUGAGGCUGUGCUGGGCAGUGCCGACGGGCGGGCGACAAUGUCGCGGCUGCCGGGCACAGUGCGCGGACUGCAUGACGCGCGUGCUGCGCGUGCUGUGGUAGUCGAGCUCCGGCGGGCGGUGGGGCGCCUCGCCCAGAUUACUGUCGACGGCACUGUGUUUGCCACCGGUGGCCUUGUGAAGCCGUAUCAUCGGGCGCGAGUCCACCGCGCGGUGUACGCUGCGGUGUCCGGAGGCGAGGCGCUGCCGUUGGCGCGACUGAGGGCCGAGGGCAUGCCGAUGACCGAGGUGCUUACUGGGUGCAUGUCCCGCGACGAUGUGCUGCGGAGGACACCGCUGGACGUGGCGCUGGCAGCAGGCGACGCGCGGGUGGCGCGGCAUGUGUUGGCGGCGAUGCCGCGGGCACUCGUGGAGCAGGUAUUUGUGGCAGCACUUGCUGACGACGACGAUCUCCUGGCUCCACUCGAGUAUGCGGCGAGGUCAGGAAGCGUGGCUGCGGUUCGAUUUGUCCUCCGGCAUCCGGUGCUGGGCAAGGUCCGGCGUGACGUUGCGGGCAAGUGGAUUCCGUACCGAGCCAAGGGCGCGCUGCACAUUGUGGAGCUUCUUAACAACGGCUACUUGCUGCAGGCGCAACCGGGGCACCCAAGCCCUGGGCGGAGUUGA